AAUUUUAGCAUGGUCACCCACGCGGUACGUGCAUAUUGACGUUUCUAGCUAUCAAAUCUACAAUUUUCAAACACCCGUUCUAUUUUAAAGUCAUUUGGUGGUCAGAGGUUAGGGGAAACCUGUUCCGUUCCGGUUCUGGCUGUGGUAAAUAAAUAUAAACACGUUUUCUACUUCCAUUUGCGCACGCUCGUCCACGAAGAGAAAAAAAAAAUAUUCACGUGACUCGUGACGUCAACAGUACUGUUUUGGAGAGGGGGGAGAACUGAGGUAAAAAAAAAAAAACCAGUCGAACGAACGCAGCAGAAACAGGGCUUAUUUCACCAGCGGGAUCGCGUAUUGCAUCGUUUCGCGUGCUACGCGGAGGUUGUGGCAGAAACUGUGCUUCGUGUCUGCUCGGCAGAUCUGCGAAGCGAAGCGGAAAGUCUCGAGGGGAGUUCCAGCUGCGGUGUAUGGUGAGUCAUAUCGGCCAUGGCCUUGGCGUGACGGAAGCUAAAAUGGUCGGCGGCGUAUCUGACCGUGACGCGCGGGCUUGAUCGCGCCAGCAUUUCCAGUUGCGUGCGUUGUCCCGAGAAGAUCGCACGCGGUUGCUCCGUGUCUCGUGUAGCGGCGGGGGAAAACAGUUUACGUCCGCGGUGGUUGUUGUUGUGUGCGAGUGUGUUCGGACGGACAUAACCUGCAAGAUGCCGCCCAGCGGACCCGUGUACCAGCCGACCACGGUGACGUACGAGCAGCAGAGCGACUGGACGCCGGUCAGCUACCUGUCCCAGACGGUGGGGAACGGAAUGAACCGCCCGCGCUGCGUGCAGUGGGUGCUGCUGAUCCUGGGGCUGUUCACGCUGGCCGCGGGGCUGAUCAUGAUCGUGGAAGGCGCCGUGGACUACGCGGACUCGCGCCAGCACGGCCGCGGGGAGGGGCUGGAGAGGGACGACUCCGGGGACGACUACACCAAGGACGUGGCCAUCAUGGUGGGCGGAUCGCUGCUGGGGCUGCUCGGGAUCCUCAUGCUGCUGCUGUACGCGCGCAUGUCCCGCCGGAGGAAGGGCUGCCCGUGCUUCCCCAGCAAGGAGCAGCGCCUGGCGCGACAGCUCGACAGCCAGGCGGGGAACGGCCAGGUCCUGACGCUGAAUCCCUCGACGGACCUGCUGGUGACGGCCCAGUACGCUCCGGUGUCGGAGAUCGCGUACCAGCCCCCGGCCGUGUCCGAGGAGGAGGAGACCCGCAAGCUGAUGGGCAGCGACAACAAGGAGUGCGUGGAGGAGAGCGAGCGCAUGCUGGAGUCGGACCCGCGCAUCGUGCUGCGGCCGCGCAGUCACGUGGAGGAGGCCUAGGGAAGGAGCCUGCUGGCCAGCGUGAAGAGGAAGAUCUCCACCAGCUCAGCCUGCCUGUCGGCCAAGCUGCAGGCUCCGCUGGCCACCCUGGAAGAGGUGGCUCCGUCUCUGCGCUCGUCCUUCGCCAGCGUCUACUACACCUUCACGCCCGACGACUCGGACUGCUCCCUCAACUCCAACAGCACCGGCUGAGAGACACGUGCCCUCCCCUGCUCGCGCCGUGUGCCGACGAGCGUACCCCUGCUCAUUUUGUGUGCCGACGAGCGUACCACUGCUCACGUUCCGUGUAGAUAAGCGUACCACUACUCACGUUCUGUGUAGACAAGCGUACCACUACUCACGUGUGUGGACAAGCGUACCACUGCUCACGUUCUAUGUAGAUGAGCGUACUACUGCUCACAUUCUGUGUGGAUGAGUGUCCACUACUCACGUUCUGUGUGGAUGAGCGUACCACUUCUCACGUUCUGUGUAGACAAGCGUACCACUGCUCACGUUCUGUGUGGACGAGCGUACCACUGCUCACGUUCUGUGUGGACGAGCGUACCACUGCUCACGUUCUGUGUGGACGAGCGUACCACUGCUCACGUUCUGUGUGGAUGAGUGUACCACUACUCACGUUCUAUGUAGACGAGCGUACCGCUACACACAUUACUCGUAGUUGAGUGUACCAGUGUCACGAUGUACGUAAGGUCCGAGUUUCUCACGUAAUUGUGGAUAGCACAGGACUAACUGCAGCCAUAACCAUCCUCGUGUUUAGAGAAGAGUGAUUUUGAUUUUUUUUUUAAAUUAGUAGUAGUUUUUUUUUAUUUAUUAGUUGUGGUUAUAAGAAACCACUGCUUUAUGUCUAGAGUACAUGUUUUGCCAUUGAUUGCUUUUUUUUUAUUAUUAUUAUUUCUGUGAUACAUUCAUUGAGUAUGUUUGAUUUUUAUUAAAGUGUAAUAUUAAUUGCUCUACUGGUACAGGACUAUGGACUGCAUUUGUGGCAGCUGUGAAUUUUAAGGUUUUUAAAGUGUUUGUGACUGACCAUAUGCUAUUUGUAUUUAUUUUUUUAAGCAAUGAUGAAGUACAUUGAAAGUUUCUUGUGGUUUGUGUUCAUGUGUGUUAAUGUUAAAGAAUGUUACAUAUGUGUCACAAGUGUUUAUAUAGCCUAAAAGAUAGAUUGUUAAAAUAAUUUUUGGUGUCCAAGAUUUAAAUGAUCUGAUUACUUUAAAAUAACCAUAUUUUGGUAUUACUGCAUAAUUUUGUGUGUCUAGCUGCAAAGCAAAUAUAAAAACUUUGUUUUACAAAUAUUGAUCCAUCACUUUAUGAUAAAUGUUUUUGUAUAAUGAUUGGUAACCUUAUUGGUUUAAAAUUGUAAUAAGAUGUAGAAAAUUUUCCAAGACUUUUGAGGCAAAAAUUUUUAGUCAACACUAAGAAUCAGUGACAGAUUGAAUCCCAUUUUGCGAAUUUUAAUCAUAAUUUCAAGAAUGAGGAAUAAAAUUAUAUAUGUGCAAAAACAGUACCUAUAGUUUUGGGAGAGAAAAAACAUUCAACCUAUUGUUUUUAUCAAAAAUAAAAAUUUACAUGUUCAGAACCCCAAUGAUAAUUUUUGUUUUGUGACAAAAUAUGUUCCCGGUCAUUUUUAACAUUAUUAAAGCACUGUAGCUGAUACUGAAAAAAAAAAGUUAUGUUGAGUAAUUUCUCUUGAUUAAACUAAUAUAAGAUCUAGUCUACUACAGAGGUGUUGAAGUAUAUGAAUUCCUGAAGUUUACUUUUUCUCGGAUGUCACAAAUUUGGAAUACUAAAUAUUUAAAACUAUUUGAAGGUUUGAGGAUUUGACUGGCCCAUCUCUGUUGAGAAGUACGAGUAAUUUGUCGUCCUCGUACAUGAAUUGUUUUGUUUGUUCAGACACCGCUUGUUCAGGUGAAGGUACUUAUUGCAAAAAUGUUAAAGGUUAAAGAAGUCCUAGAAUUUUGAUUUUUGUAAGUAUAUAUAUGAAGCCACGGUUUGCAGUUGCUUGGUAUUGUGUUUUGACUUAGUAGGGCGAAGGACCGGGCUAUGGGCACUUGGAAAUGUCAGGCUUCUUGGGCUGACGUAAUUACAACAUUUGUAAUUUUUCUCCUGCAGUUUCUCUGAUCUAUUAAUAGGGACAAGAUUACAUUGUGAAUUGUGAUAAAACUGAAGAACACUGCAUGACACCAAAAUGCACCAUAUAGCACCAAAAUGCAAGUUAAAUCAUGUGAUUAAUAUUUAACCAAAACUUAAUUCAAUUUUUUUUGUUGUUAAAUUCUAGGAAGGUCAUUUUUAGAAUUGGUGAACUAUGAUGAACUCAAAGUUUAAAACUUUUACACCUACUUCUCUUUCCGACGAAGAUGACUAUCAGAUAUAGCUAAAUUUAAUAUAAUAUACCUAAAUUACAAAAUAAUUGUUAGUAAAAAAUUUUUUGCUAUAACCAUUUUUUUACAUGUAUUAUAAAUAAUAAAUAUACUUGUUCAUAUAAGAAAACAUUAAUACAGUAAAUUGAAUGACACACUGGCCUCUUUUUGACCCUUUUAGCCUUAUGCCUAUGUCAGUUGAAUUUUAUUUUUAAUGUAAAAUUUGCUUACUAGACUUAACUGAAGUAAUUUUUUUUUUGCCCGAAAGUUCUUAGUAUGCAGAUCAUGUUCUCGUUUUAAUACUACUAUGUGUACACAAAUGCAUACAUAGCUUACAUUGCCGUAUGCUUAUGGCAUUAAUGGCUCUCCUACCACUACAACUACCAGGCCCUAUCUUGCUUCCUCCGGCUCCAAGUAAAGAGCUGGCUUAGUCAAGUUCUUUGGACUUGUUUUUAUGUUCACACUUUGUUCUGACAGUAAACCUUUUUUCCCCAGAAAAUGUGUUAAAAAGGGUUUGUGCAGUUUUCUUUGGAUCGUAAGCUCGCUACAGUUAUAAGAACUCGCUUCCAGAUCCCAAACCUGGCCCAGUAAUACACACACAUUGCAAAAAAAAAAUAAUAAUAAUGUAAACAGGUACAUAUUUGGUUUGAUUGCAAAACUUGGGAAAACAAUUUCUGUUAUGAGAGUAACUCCAUUCCUUAUGUAUGUGGGUCUGUCAAGUACAUUACUGUGCACCGUAGCAUAAAUUUUACUUGUUACGUUAAUCAAAAUUUUGUUUGUUACGCCCUAGAUUUGUUGUUUUUUUUCCAACAGACAUGCUGGUAUUGAUAAAUGGUCAAUUUCAGUGAUGUUUUGUGUUAUGUCAAACUUAUUAAACUGAUAUUGGUUAGUCAAUAUUUCUUCCCAAACUUUGAAGGGGGAAAAAGAUAUCUUUUUUAUUUAGGUUUGUGUCCUGUAUUAAUUACAGUUUAAUAUUAAAUCGAGAACAUAGCAUGUCAUUGCUGGUUUACGCUGGGCUUCAAUGACUGCACUUGUCUGUACUCAUUGUGCGUCGAGUGUUUCAUGUUUCGUUCCUUUACUUGCAUUGACUGCAAUAGUUUCUCACACUGCAGUUCUUUAACUGCACUUUUAUAGGUGCCAAGAGACAGUAAAGUCUAUUUUCAGUUCAAACAGGGCAGCCAAGUUAGCAACUAGUUAGAUUUGCGUACUUAAAUGGUAAUUGAUUUUAUACAAUUUUUUUUUUGUUGCAUUGGAUGCACGCACAGUGCUGAUGAUUGCGAAAUGUCACUAUGUCUGGGUUGGGUACGUGUUCCAGAGAUAAUACUGGAAAAUAUGAGCUUAUCUGUAAGUAUUUAACUGACCAAUAAAAUUAUUUUUUUGUGCAUUGGCUAUUUAACAUAAUUUUUGUGAGGUAUUUUCUGAUAUAAUAAAUGGCAUUAUGUAUACCUCUUUAUAGUAGUAAAGGGGUCCUCUAAAACUCAGUUUCCUGAUUGCACAGAGGGUACGAAUCAUGUCACUAAAAACAUUGUUGUAAAAAAACUCUGCAAAGUUAGGGAAGGGCAGUAACCUGUAAUGUGACAACAUUAGUUCUAUAGUCCAUUUUAGUAACCUGGUUUGUUCAAAUUCGAGGUCUAUUUUUAACAAAAUUAAUUGAGAUGUUCAUGAAUGUAGCGGAUUCCCUGAUAUUUGUAUUUUUCUUCUUUUUUUUCCAUGGCUUAUCGGGAGUUGCUUAUAGUUAUUUUUAUCGUAUUUUAAUGUUGAAAGUUAAAAUCAAUAUUUACCUGAUAAAGAUUUUAUUGUUAAAUGUAAGAAUUAUUGUAAACAUAACCAGAUGGAGAAACUUUCAAAAACUCUGGAAAAGUCAAAAGAAUUGUGAAGGCGUGAUGUAUCUUUAGCAUUUACGUUUUUUUUUUUUUUUAAGUCUACCACAGCUGCCUGUUCACGUUGGUUAGCAAGAGUGUACAGUAAGAGUGUGGAUGGCCAAAUUUGUGUAGGGUAAGCUAUUGUAUGCAAGAGGAAAAUAGAGAAAGGGUGUAAAAGUUAUUUUAUAACAAAUAAAUAGGGUCCUGAUCAAAUUUAGAAGCUUCUAAAUAUUUUUUUAAUUUCAAUAAUCUAACUAUGUUACACAUACUGCAAAGAGAUGAUUAAAAGAAUUCUGUUAUAAGCUUAACGAAAUGCAAAUCCCAAAUUUUAAAUAAAUGUGAAUUUUAGUAAACAGGAACCAAACAAACUUAUUGUUAUAGAAAGUUGUAACAAAUUUUUUAAAAACUAAUUUGCUAUCAUUAUCUAAUUUUUGGAUGCGCAGAAUGAAGCACACACGGUGUUGAUGUACUGAAACACUUUUUUUUUAUUGAACUGUCAUAUUUUAAUAGGAGGUUUUGGUUGUGUUUAAUCUGCUUUUGAUACUGGGGAAUAAGAAGAAUAUGUUGUUACGACACCUACAUUAAAUUGACAUGGGCAUACACAAAGACUUAUGAACAAUUGCAUUUCUUGUUUGAACAUAGUAAAAAUUAUGUACUUGAAUGUGUGUCAGUGCAUGAUUGUAUUCAGAGAAAUAAAACACAAGCUUCUGAAACUUUUUGGAUUCACAAACAGGGGUUUAAUUUUGAAAUACUUAUUUGUUAACAGUUACGAAGUUGGCAAAAUGGAAAUAUUUAUGCUGUAUGUACCACAAAAUAAUGGUUUUUAUUGUUUGAAAUAUAAAUUUUGAAAGAUGAACUUUUAAUUGCUUCAUGUUCGCUUAAAGUUAAACAAGCAAUAUGUUUUUAUUUUCACCCAGAAAUAAACCAGAAAUUUCUAUUCCCCAGGAAUUCACUAAAUUAAUGCUUUUGGUGAUUUUAAUGUAAUAAUUUUUAUGAAUAGUAGAGUACUAACCAAAACUGUUGAGCGCUGCAUAAAUUACAUAGAUAUAUUUUGCAUUUGUAGGUUGUGACAUAAGUGGUGUGUGUGCUUUGUUUCAGAAUAUACGUAGGUUUAUUUUAUUACAGUAGAAUGGUAGUCUGGCACAUCUGUAGAAUGUGUUUUAAGCUCACACAUCUGUAUUUAGCAAAAAUAAAAGAAUGUGCUAUAAUUAAUUAAAGCUGACCUUGAUGUUGUCAUAUCAAUAGAUCGUAUUGAUUAGUAAAUGUUAUUUUAGAAAAAAAUUUCAAUUCGGAUUUUAUCUUAAUGUGAUUUUAAUUCAAUUUAAACAGUAAUUCAGUGUGUUAAAUACAUACGUAUGUACUAGUAUAUUGGUAUAAUGGUAGUCAUUAUGAAAAAAAUUUUAUUAACAGGUUUGAGUACAUUUUAACUUUUUUUUGUGUUUGUGUUAUGAUUCUUGCCUUAAUUUCUAUUAUUUAAGCUCUUUGUUUUAUAUUCUUUUUUUUAUGAUAAGCUGAAUUAAUUCCUGGAAAAAUUAAUGUUCUAGGUGGUGUGGUUACUUUUUUUUUUCUAUUUAUAUUUAGCAAUUUCAAGCCAAAUCUGCUGUAUCCUAUUCUGAUAAGUGAAUGAUUUUAUAAUAGUAAGUAUGAUAUGUUUACCUGCAGUUCAAUUCAUUUAUUUUUUUUGUCCAAGCUGAUGGUUGGUUUUGCAUGUGUCAAAUUUAAAGUUUGCAGUAGUGUCUAUGGAGAAUAAUGAUUUGUGUGCCUGCUUUUUGUGGCAUCAUUUAAUCAAGCAAAGUGUAAAGUGUAGACAAUAUAUAUGUACAUUUAUAUUAAAUGAAAAAAAAAAAAAUGUUUCCAAGUAUCACUACUGCAUAGAUAUAAAUGGUCAAACAUAAAUGUGAUAGUUCCACUUUUUUACAAACUGAUUGUCAUACCAUCACUUUGGUUGUGGUUUAACUUAUGUUAACGUAAUGAAAUUUGAUAAUAAUAUAGGUUUACAGUGUAGGAGAGGUUGUUCUUAAAAUAUCCACAGUGUUUGUGAUGUUUACCAAUGUUUGACAUCCAUUUUGGGUACCUACCUUGCAGUUCAAUUUGUUUUGCUAAAUUAUUUAAUUUUUUUUUUAAUAGUGUACAUUUUGCUGUGAAACUUGAUUUUAUUCCAGGGUCUGGUUAGUUAUUUAAGCUGCAUUCCAGAUGAACUUCAUAUUAUAUUUUCUUGUUCUGCUGACAGAAUGAUGUGUGCAAUAUUGACAUAUUGUUGGUUGAAAAAUUAUAUAAAUACUACUAAGUACUAUGGUUGAGAGUUUUUCAUAGCAAAUAUACUAUUUUUAAAUGGAUUGCUUUUUUGUUAAAUUUCUAGAAAAGUAUAUUUUAUAUUAAUUGUGUACACAUUUGUAUAGUACUUCAUAAAUCCAUGCAGAUGUCUGUACAUAAUUUUUAAAUAUAGGUAUACUUGUCUGCGACAGUGCAGUAUAAAUAUUUUAUUUGAAAAAAUAUUGAUAGUGAAUAUAAUUUUUAAAGGUUGCAGAUGAUGAAAUGUGGAUAUGUUGAAGUUUUGAAAGUUCAAAAUUUUAAUACAUUAUGAAGUAAAGUGCCAUAAUUUCUUUGAAAAAAAAGAUAUAAUUUGGCAUUUACACAAUGUUACUUGUGGGUUAUAGCAGAAUGGCAGAAGUUUUUAAACUGUGUACUAAAUAACUAGUUUAUUUGCCGACAUAUAGCGGUUCACGAUUUCAGCGUGAUGAAAAUUUUAGAAACACUUAUCAUGAAGUGCUUUUUAUGAUCAUGAAAACAGUCUGAAGAACAGCUCGAAGGUAAGCAAGCCUGGCAGACAGUGUGAUUUGCUGUUGCUUCUGUUGUAUCCAGUUAAAGGAACAACACAAAAAAAAAUACCUCACGAACCAUUCCUCACCGCAGUUAAAAACAGCUGAACUAUCGAACAAUGUGGCUCGAAAAUUAGUUCCGCUUUGGUUUGAGAUAAGAUUGAGAUUUUUACUUGUAUGCAUAUAGUUACUUGUAAAAACAUUUUUUCUGGCUGAAAUUAAAACAUAUAUAUUUCUGCACCAAUCGCACUAUGUUUAAGGAAAAUUAAUAUACAGGUUUCAUUUCUUUUAUAAACAUUAUGUAUUUUUUAAAUUAUUAUUAUUUAUAAAAAAUAUAUCAGUUAAUGGGAUAAAAGGUAAUGUAUGUGAAAAAUCCAGUUUGGAAAGUAAUGAAAGUUUUUUAUACUGAACUUUUACCAGACGUAAACAUCUUUUAGGUGAUCUGAAAAUAUAAACUUACUUAAAAGUGGUACUUAGUGUCUUCUCUCCUGACGAAGGCCACCAUGUAGUCGAAAAUUUGAGUGAUUUUAUAAUUUUUUUUUUUUUUUUUUAACUUUUUUUUAACUUUUUUUAAACUUUUUUUUAUGUGUCGUAACUUUUUCAUGUCCUGAUGUUAUCAAUUUACCAUGCCUGCCUAAGUGGUGUAAAUCCUUUGAAUUGAGGUACUUUGUAACAACGUUCCACUUCAUAUACUUAAUUACAUUAUGCUCUUCUUCUCUUUGGUCGUGACCCUGAUUCUUAUGUCAGCUUUCCAAAGUCUGACGCCUACAUUGUACGUUGCCGCACUCCAAAUGUAGAUUUUGUGUAAUUCUGAUAGCUCUGGGACUUAAUAUUUAACAGGGUGAAGCUUAAAAACAUUUUUUUUUCAGCUGAGACAUGCAAGUUUUGAAAGCCUCAAUUUGUGAAGAGUAGAAAUUACUGACUUACGUGCUCGCAAAUUCAGCGUAGCUCGCGUUUUCAAAUUUUUAGUGCAAUAUUGUUCAUGCUAGCUAACCAAAUUACCGAAUUCUUCACCCCUCACCUCCGCCUUCUUUUACUCAAAUUUUGCCUCCUCUGUUCCUUCCACAAUGUUCCACAUUUUACUAACUGCCCCUGCAGAACAGAUUCUCUGAAAGUAAAAUAUGUUUGUAGUGGUAGUCAUGUCAAUAGUCUGCAAUUUUAUUUAUAUUGUAAAUAAGAGUUUUGGUUUCGAUUGUUCUAAUGGUACUUAAAAUAUGACAUUCACACUAGUGACAAAAUGGCUAUUAUAUUAAUUUUAUCGUUUUGUAAAUAAUUAGUUAUUAUUGAGACUGUUCAUGCAUAAUUUAGUUUUAUUGGAUUUUUCUGUUUCAGCAAUUGUGUAAAAUUUAAGUAUCGAGACAGUUUUUAAGCAAUUUUUUUACCCCAAUUUUUCGAAGGUCGACAGUCGACAAGAAGCCUUAGUAUUUGCAGAGAAUGGGGUGAAAAUUGAAUACUUGCCGUGGUGUUAGUGGUAUUGAAUAAUAUUCCAUUUAAUUUUAAAAUCAGUUUAUAAUUUUUUUUAUGGCUUUUGAUGUAUUAUACUCUUUGUAUUUUUAUACAUAUUUGAAUGAUUUGUGAAAAAUUCCUUGUCCUUAGCUUAAUGUUAAUUUUUGCUUUGUUCCAGAAUUCUUAGUAUAACUGAAAAUGUAAUGUUUUUGGUGAAUAAAUAAACAUAAUUGUUUUA